UCCCCACCCUAAAGACGAGCAGGAGCGUUCGGAGCAGCGAACCGCCGCGGUCGUAUGAAAACUUCACUCGGCUCGUGCGCGGCUCGCGUGGGGGCCACAUCGUGGCGCGCGGGCUCCUCGUGACAGCGCGCCUGUCCGCCAGCCGCGUGUCGAACAGCGCCGCCGUCCGACCGAGCGACAUGUCCGGAUCAGCAGCAGCGGCGGCGCUGUGAAGGCGGCGGGAUGGACGAGCCCGUGGACCUCCGCCGCUCCACGCAGGCUGACGAGGUUCUGUCACUCAUAAUCCGCGGCGAGGACGAAGCCGCGCCGCGGGACGCCGCCGCCGCAGGAGAGGACGGUCUCACCAACGGCCACGGCGAGGACGAAUCAGAGGCCGGCGUGGACCAAGGGGUCCCAGGGGUCAGGUCCCCGGGAAUCAGCUACUGGAGCAUCACCGAGGGUCCGAACCACCCGCUCCUCCUCUCCCCAGACCCUGGUCCGGGACCCGCUAGACGCAAACCCAGGGUCAAACGAGCCUCACGCACAGGCCUGAGCCGAAUUCCAGGCCGCGACCACCGGCGCUACUACCACGAGUACUGGCGCAGCGAGUACCUGAUGGACUUUGACCCCCAGCGUCACGGGAUGAUCUGCAUGGUGUGCGGCAGCUCGCUGGCCACCCUGAAGCUCAGCACCAUCAAAAGGCACAUUCGACAGAAGCACCCCGACUCCCUGCUGUGGAGCGCCGCCGACAAGGAGGUGAUCCGCUCCGGGUGGGAGAGCCACCUGAGCCUGGGUGGGGGUCAGAGGUCAUACAGCUCUGCUGCUGCCAGGUCUUCACCUCUAGGAGAAGCUGAGCAGGUGGACUCUGACCUACAUGCAGCUGCAGAAGAACCUGACACACCUGAGGAGCCCCCCGUCAGUCCGUCUGCACAUUUGGAAGUGGCUGAAGUUCCCCAGCUCCAGCAGGAGGAGGAGGAGCAGAACCUUCCAGGCCACUUGACCCGGACGCUGGAACGCUACCUGAACGACUCGCUGCACGCCUGGUUUCGCCAGGAGUUCCUGAUGAAGUAUGAGGCAGAGGCGGGUCGGCUUGUCUGCAUGGUUUGUGGAGGCGAGCUGCCCUCGCUCCACCUGGACCAUAUCAAGAGCCACGUGUUGGACACCCACCCCAACUCGUUGGUGUACAGCUCUGAAGAGAAGCACUGCAUCCUGCAGGCGUGGGCUCAGACUCACGAAGACUCAGACAACUUAAUCAAUUCAGAGCCCAACACCAAAGAAGCUGGGGUCGACCACUUUGAUCAGGACAUGGAGACCAUCCAGACCAACACUGACUCUUACCCAGACGCCGACGGCACUUUAACUCAGGACACUUGUCUUAUUGGAGAGGACGGAGGUGUUGGAACUCCUCAAGUCCCCCAGACAAUCCGCCAGCCCAGGAAGAGGCGGCUACGUGGGGGCAACCCGUGGCGGCUUCGCCUGGACUACCUGGUGGCUUACGGGCCUCAGUGCCAGGGGACCUUCUGCAUGGUGUGUUCUCAGGUCCUACUUGAAACUAAGGUCAGCAGCAUCCGUCGUCACAUCCAGGAAUGUCAUCCGGAGACCACAACCCUGAGCAGAGAGGAGAGGGAGGCCAUGGCUGCAGCCUGGACCAAAGAUUAUCCUAGUGUCGGACUGCAGAGUCCAGACGAAACUUCCCUCAACAAGGCUGCAGGAGUGACGAACGAGGACACCUCUCCCGAUGUCACAACGGCAAGUAAAACAGUGAAGGAGGAGCUGGGGAGCGGAGGGGCGGGCAAAGCCGGUGCGGCCAUGCCCUCUCGUCAUAGUCACUACCCUGGGAAGGACGAGCGGCGGAACUACCAGGUGCGCUGGCUGAUGGAGUACCUGAUGGACUACGACUGCCUCCGGCACGGGCUGAUCUGCACGGUGUGUGGCGCCACUCUGGCUACGCUAAAGGUUAGCACCAUCAAGCGGCACAUCCAGCAGGUGCACCCGCAGUCCCUGAACUACAGUCCAGCGGAGAAGCAGCAGGUUCUGGCCAGCUAUAACCAGAAGGCCCGACAGCCCAGCUCGCCUCCCCAGAACCCUGGACUUACCGAGCGGGCUCAGAGCCCACCUCCUUAGAAAGGGCUUCCAGAAGCCGGUUCUGCUUCACAAACGGGCCUUGCUUUCUUUCUUGAGUCUGGACCUGAGAGGCCGGGCCGCGGGUGGUACACGACCACCACAGAGGUGAUGUCAUGACCAUAAAACAUCUUCCAUGGAUUAAAAAAA